UAGGGUCUCCGUGUUUGCAUGUUCCAUGGUCACCUGCAUCCCUCUAAUCGUGCUACAUUCAACAUGAGGGGUGAUGUGAUUCCUUCCUGUGACUCCUCCAGCGUGAUGAAGCUCUGGGACAUCUGGAAGUCGGUCCCUACUUUAUCCAUAGAUACAGGCCCACAUCGUGCCAACCAGCUCAUCUUUGAUCUCUCUGGUCGUAUCGUGGUUCUGGCGAGCAGCGAUGGAUCUAUUAAGGCUCUGCAACUUGAGUUUGUGCAGCUCUCCAGCCACAGAGGUGAAAUGCACAGCGUUAUCUUCGAGCAGAGCAGAGCAGCUGCUUUCUGGGGGUGCCGACGGUAUGGUUUGUCUCUGGAACCGAGGACCAGCACGCUGCUUAACGUAAGCUUAAUCUCAAGGUGUUACGGAAAAACGCGGUUUGACAACAUAGCAGCGAGGGCUUAGUGAGGUAUUCUCCUAGCUAAUGUUGGCAGUGGGAAUAAUUGCCUGAAAGGAGGAGUAUUCUGCUUUUUAUUCAAAUAAAAUCUCCAAUUUCUCCCUCUUUCUAUUGACACCGUGUUUUUCUGCACAUCAAGAAUCUCUCUUUUGGUGGUUUCUGGAGAAAUAGCUUUACAAUGACGCCUAAUGACAGAGCAGACGAAUUGCAAGGAGAUUGAUUUUUUUUUUUUUUUAUUUUUUUUUCUUUUUUUUUUUUAAUGUAACACCACACGAGCCACACGAGCCGGGCGCCCCUUCCCCAGCGCCAGCCUGUGGGAAGAUGUGAAGUUUUCAUAAUGCAGCAAUGGGGGAUUUUUUCCUGCAGCAAACGCUCUGGAUGCCGGCAGGGCAGUGAGAAUGAGUUUGAGAGAGCGGCGGUGAGGGGGGAUUUUUUUUUGCCUCUUCCUUCUUUUUUUUUCCCCCGACAAUAUUAAUUAUACGGCUAACGGGCGGAGGUGUGGGAUGCAGCGCUGGCGAUGUCCGGGCUUGGGGAGUCCCCGCAGGAGAGCGGGGCUCCUCCGCCUUCUCUCUCCUGCCUGCCUACAUCCUAACCAACCCCCACAACCCUCCUCUCCCCGCCGUGGCAAAUCCUGAAUCGCAAGAGAUCCGCUGGGCAUAGGGAGGGGAUAGAAAUGGGAUUUUUUUUUCUCUUCCCCCCCCUCCCCGCUCCCAAUCAAGACCUGAGGAAAUCCAGCCCAAGUUCGCCACGAUGACUCUGCUGCUGGCAUCGGGGUUUCUCCGCGGCAUCCCUGCCUCUGGACCGCCUCGCUGCUGCUCGCUUUGAAUCCUGAAUACUGGGUUAAAGCUUAAUUCUCAUGUUGUGGUUGCUGGGCUGCCGCUUCCCCCUGUUUUAUGAUGGGAGGUGGAGGAAAAGGGAUUGUCCGUGAGUCAACACUGAAAAUGUGAUUAGGAGGAACUGCUUUCACUAAUCUGUUUCUAACCUUUUAGUCCAUGUUGGCCUGUGACCCCUUUCAGCUUUCAGAUCCAGCCUGAUUAGGUAAGUGUAAAUUAUUCACUUGGGGUGAGGGAAGGCGGAUGGAGGCGUUUUACUCGGAGGCUUACCUCCGAUCCUGGCCUCUCUCGUAAUGAGAAAUGAUGAGAAAGUUCAGCCGUAAAACUAAUUCUGAGCUGAGCAGCAUUUGUUUACUUGUUGAAAUCUGUCCGUGCAAGGCGUCUGCAGUCUGUCUGGUUUCCAGGAUCACCGCUGAGCCGAGCGCUCGUGAGUUGCUGUGGGACAGCUCAGAUGACUGUAGCAAAAUAUUCUUAUUUAUGAUUCUCAGCGAACUUUUUUUUUUUUUCGUUUUUAAUUUAAUUUGGAGAGCUUCCUCAUCAAACUUUAAACAGAUUCUCUCGAUUCGCGUUUCCUCAGGCAUUAAUCACUUCGUUUGCUUCGGCUUUUUCCCCACCACCACCACCACCUUAGAUCUGCAAUAUUGCAACCUACCUGUAGCAUUUGGGUGGGUGAGAUUCUCUGCUCGGUAGACCUGUAAAGCAGAGCUGUCUGCACGUAUCACCCAACUCCCAAACAACACGUUACGAUAGGUACCGCUGCUAAUACUGACACAGUGCGUGGUCUUUGUGAUGGAAACCUGGCUAGCACUUCAAUUAAAAAGAUAUCUUGUGAAUUUGAUGAAGCUUGUGUAAUAUCCGGUGUCUCCCUCUGUUGUGGCUUUGGGAAAACUGCUUUGUCAACAGGACCCCUUAGCUGCUUUUGUAGGGUUAAAGCUUUCUCAUGCUGCUUUUUUUUUUGCUUCGGUUAAGGGAGAAUGAUUUGCUGAAUGUCUGCAGUCCACCAAAAAUCCCGAUACAUAAGAAAUAUCUCCCAGAGGGGUGGGGUGGGGGAGAAUGGUUGUGUUUGGCUCUGUGUGCAGGUUAAUGCAUGUUUGUAUAUGCUGUGUGCAUCCUUUGGGAACGGAGGAAGGGAAGGGAUGCGCAUCCAAACAGUCCAUUUUUGCUUUUUUAGCUCCAUCGUUUCUCAAUCCGUAUAAUGCUGCUAUUUCAUCUCAUUUAAAAGUUUCCUCUAACACUUUGCCCAGUCCUCUGAAGAGAGGUCAGAAACCAUUUUGCUGCUGGGGUGGCUGCUGGCCGGUGCGCAGGCAGGACGGUGCGUUGGUGGCAGUGAUGUGGCACUGUCGGCAGCCAAUAGCGCACCCCAGACGCGCACAGACGCGGAGCCUUGGCUGGGAGCUGGCUCUCCUGGGGGCAGUGCAAACCUCCUCUCCCUCCCUGGGUCGGUCCUAAAGGAGAGCUCGCCAAAGGUCGGGCCAUGCUGCAUCACUCCCAAACUUUUAGAAAGGCUCCUGUUCAAUAAGACAAACCCAUUUCAUCGGCUCCGUGCGUUACACAGGCAUUUAACACACUACUCUCUGCGCUUCUCUCCGGGGAUUACUGAAAUGCUGAAUAAUGGAGAAGGUGAAUUACAGCUUUGUUUCUGUCGGGAUUAUAUGGAUCUGCUGCAGGCUGAGCUGUGUUGAUGGCCGAGGAAGUCCCUUUGCCUCUACAGAAAUGCCAUGUUACAAAUUCCCUGCUAUUCCACCUCUCAAAACCCAAGUAUAACCUAACAUCAUCUUUCGUAUUGGCUGCAGAUCUACCUAGAGCACGUUUAUCUCGUGUUUCAGCUCGGUGUUUCCACCUCAGUUUAAUGAUAAGUGCUGUGCACUGUAUGUAGCACAGGGGGACGGUGCCUACGGCAGCUUAAAUCCAUGCUUAAGCUUGGGUUCAAGUCUUUCCAAGCUGCCCAUCCCCAUGCGAUUGCAGGCAGCCGGUUUAACUUCUGGUGCAUCAGAAAACUCAAUGGCACAAAUGAGAAAAGUAAAAAUCAGAUGAUUGUCGGCCACGAUUUCUGCUGUUGUGGGUAUAUGCUUACAGGCACGUGUGUCUGAUGUAUGUAUUUCACCUGCUUUAUUCCUUUUAGCUUAAUUCAAAUAAAUAGGGAUGGUUGUCUGUGGGGUUUGAAAGCACUGGUUUAGGAUUGGGUGCUGGUUGAAACUAUCACUGUUCUAAGCCGAUAUUCCUUGGAUUUUUGAGUUUGUUCUCACUUAAAAAUAUUUGUUUUCAGACCACAAGACUGGUCUCCCUAUGGAAGCAGCUGUUUCUAUCCAGCACUGAGAUCCCAUGGAGAAGCCGAGGAGGGGGAUGGCUCUUCGUAUCCAUGAAGCCUGGAUACUUCUGUUUGUAAUCCCUGCUUUGGUCACUCCAGCUGCCAUCAAUCAUGAAGACUACCCCGCCGACGAAGGGGACCAGACCUCCAGUAAUGACAAUCUGAUCUUUGAUGACUACCGAGGGAAGGGCUGCGUGGAUGACAGUGGCUUUGUGUACAAACUGGGAGAACGUUUUUUCCCGGGACAUUCCAACUGUCCAUGUGUCUGUACUGAGGAUGGACCUGUUUGCGAUCAACCAGAAUGCCCUAAAAUCCACCCAAAGUGUACAAAAGUGGAACACAAUGGAUGCUGUCCAGAAUGCAAAGAAGUGAGAAACUUUUGUGAAUAUCACGGGAAAAAUUACAAAAUAUUGGAGGAAUUUAAGCCCUCGCCAUGCGAAUGGUGUCGCUGCGAGCCCAGCAAUGAAGUUCACUGUGUUGUAGCAGACUGCGCAGUCCCCGAGUGUGUCAACCCAGUCUAUGAACCAGAGCAGUGUUGUCCUGUCUGCAAAAAUGAAAUUCCUGAAAUGGCCAGAUUUUAAGAUUGCAGUUAAAACCCCUUCAGUCAAAGUCUAUGCAAUAUGCUGAUUGAUUGUGCAGAUGCAAGUUGAACGUGACCAGCCGAGAAGAAGAUCUGUCCCCCUCACUGGACUUUGCUGGACUUCACAAUCCUCUUCAUAGGUCCUGGAGACGGAAGCCAGUAGUGUAGCGUAGCCGCAUCCCCCUUCGUUCGUGGUGGAUGAAGUAUUCACGACAGCCAGACAGCUUUUGGAGUACUUAUGAUACUUAAAUUUGACUCCAACACCCCAACCAGAUGGUCACGGGAAGGACCUGCUUCUCUUUGGGUAUUCCUUGCCCGGUGGUUGUCCCACAGCCAACUCCUUAGCGUUGCUGUUCUGAUGAAGAGACACCAUCCCAAAUCAGGAGUUGUCUUCCUUUUUUUACAGAAGCUGUAGAAGCCACCUUAACGUUGCGAUGACAAAGCCCCCGUGCACCAAGGCUUUGUGGCCGAUUGUGAAAACCCGUGGUUUUGAAUGGCUGAAUAAUUCCCGAGACUACAAAGAAUGCGGUUUUGAUUGUUUGUCAGCUAAUGCUCUUUGUGUUUACCAGCAGGAAUGUAAACUGUGGUGCCCAAUUAGCUCAAUUAAAGGAGUGAUUUGAUUACCAACGGAGGGGAAAAGAGAAUUGAUUUAAAAGUUGGUAGAAGAUCAAGACUGAGAACAAGUCGGUAUAUUUGGGCCAAGAAGUCACCGCCCUGACAAAAUACUUCAGUAUUUGCUUUACUGUUCCUUGAAAAAGAAGUCUUUUCGCUGAAAUUGAUUUUCAAUAGAGCUCGAUCACCUCCAUCACUUUAAGCCAAGCGGUUAAAGACACAUAGAUGCUGGACUUGCUGGUGAGAGUUAGAUCCGUAAGCAUCUGUCAAGAGCAGGAUCCUCCGUGGCUUUUGGAAAUCUCACACAGUUGGAUUAUCCAGGUGCUUAAAUGCCUUGCUGACUCAAGACUGUGACCUGCUCCCUGUGGAUACAGCUGUCGGCAAAGUCAUCUAAUGACGGCGAAAAGCUUUGGAAAGGUACAUAGAGGUUAAACCUUCCAAAAUUAACCAUCCUGGGGCUGGAUAGCAUCAAGGAGGGCUGAGUUGAAUCUGCCACCUCCUGUGGUUUAGAAAAAAGAGUGACUAAAAGAGGCGAGGGAGAGGAAGAGCCUUUAGAGAACAAAAAAAGACAUGAACUGAACAGCACUUAAUGUGAUUAACUCUAUCACACAGCUCAGUGCUCCCGCAGAGCAGGAGCUGCUGGACUGCGCAGCGUCAGAGCGACAGAGGGACGCUGACGGGAAAAACCUGGUUCAGAGAGGGCUGCGGUAGGGCGCCAGCAGGACAGCAGCCCCUUUCGACCCAACGUCUUCAUCUGCGCGCUUACAGGUCAGCUAACGCUUCCCCAGCAUUUGUGGUCUUGUCCUCUGCCCAGGAAGCAAGAAAAGGAUAAUUCACAUAUUAAACAAAGCAGGAGAAGAUUCUGAUGGACAGCUGAAGGCCAGGCAGGAGCUGAACGCUGUUACCCUGAACUUGUACCCAGGUUCCUAACCAUGUUUCCAUGAUUCCACCCCAGCAGAGUUCAAACUGAAUGUCUACAGGCACCCUUAAGAGAAGGGUUGAGGAGCAUUAUGAGAAGUCAUUUAUUGGAUGCCACUUGCUCCAAAGCUUGGAUUAAGCGGACGCGGCUCGCAGAGGUGUGGGAAACAAUUACACGGUCUGCAUUGCUCUUUAAACUCAGAAAUAUUUAUGAAGGAGUAUCUCCUCGCCGGUGAUUGUUUCUCCUUGGGAAAAUGUUGCUGAAAUUUGUGUGCGUGAGCCUAUGGCAGAGUAGCUCAAAUUCCACUGUCGUCAUGGUAGUGUAUUGUAGAAGAGGGGGUGGGGUUGGGGUUUUUUUUUGGAGGAAAACAUUUCUAGAUUCAGGUUGGGAAGCCGAGUUCCUUUUGCAGAACACAAGCAGCCUUGGAAGCGCUGAAAUCAAAGCACCUGAUCAGCUGCUUGGUGUAACUUAAAAGACCAGAAGCGACACCCUUAUCAAAUUACGUUGCUGUAAAACGUUUUGCUGUAAGAGAAGCCUAAAGCCAAAUCCUGAGUCCGUGUCACUUCGUGCACCACUGCCAGCGUUGUUUUGCUCUGAUUUACUCCAGCUGAGGAUCUGACCUGCAAGAGCUGAUAUCUCUGGGUGACUUUCAGGCAGACUGCAGGAGGUUGGGCUGUUUUGCAUGGUCAGGCUUUCCAAAAGUAUUAGAGAUGGCUUUGCUUUUGCUGCUCUAGAAGGUUGGGGUUGUUAAGCAUAUUGUAUGGGAAGAGUGGCAGACACUGUCUUCAUGUAUUUCUAAUUUAAUGAAUGUUUAAUGUUUCUUUUAUUGGAGCCUACAUAUAUGUAGAGUUAGAGGACUUCAACAAGGCUUUGACUUAUGUCAAAUAAUUGAUGUUUGAGCUGCUCCUUUUACAUGAAAUGCAGACUUUACAGAGCAAAGAGACUGUAAUGAAAAUAUGAAUUAAAGAUUAGAGCAAAGCAAGUCUGAAAAGACUUAGAAUUCAGAAUUCAAAAAGGCACUUAGAAGAUUUCUCCUCCCGCUUCCUUCCCUUCCCUCCACCUUUUCUACAUCUCCAUCCUCUCUGCUUCUUUGGUAGGGUCCUGCAUUUCAGCCACAGCCUUCUGUCUCUUCUACACCUGCACACCUCUGUGAAAGAAAUCAGUGCAGUAAUCUCAUUCUGAGUAUCACUGUAUGUCUGACUAUCAUCCUAGCCUGUUAACGCUUGCCAACUCACCGGUCCGGUCAAGUGAAGAGACUGAAAGUUAUUUUUAAGAUGCAUUUUUCUUCAUCUCUAUCCCUGAUUUGCUGAUGGAGUGCAUCUUCUGGGCAGGAUAAAAAUAAGUUUGCAAAUUUUGUGCAGAGGGACGCAUAACUCGUUAAAGCGCGUCCAGGUGAGGGUGAAAGAGCAUUAUUUAUACGUGCUGUCUGACAGUGGUGGACCUGUGCUGCCUGGAGAGGGUUCCUGUAGAACAGGCUCAAAGCUGGUACCGUGCCAAGGCUCCCAUCAGAUAUUGCCAGUCCCUGUUGUCCAGAGAUGCUCUUCUGCCCGAAAACAUCACCAUCCAUUUCAUUCCACCUCCUUGGCCUCUUCCUUUCAGUUAGCCGUUUUCCUGCUCUGGCUUUCCACGUGUGCUUUCAGCUCUUGGUCUUUCAGCAGAUCAAUGAGCUCAGCACCAGGGCAUCACUCCUGCACCAUAAGGCUUUUCUUGCCUCAGUUCCUGCCCCACAGGCUGCAAAGAACUUGGCUGAUUGGGUGUGAUAUCUUGCUUUCUGUGUUUGUGUUUAGAAAACCCUUCCGCAGUGUUGGUCUGAAUUUGUACCUAAGACUGAAGAGCUUAGGCUUGGU